AUGCCUUCAGCGCUGAUCCUGAUCGCUGAUGGGACAGAGGAGAUGGAAUUCACCAUCACAUACGACACCCUGGUACGAGGUGGCGUCAGCGUAACAUCCGCUUUUGUUCCGGAUGUCGCCAGUGGGACGGCCGCGGUGAGUCCACCAGCGGCGAAGUGCUCUCGCGGGGUCAGGAUUCUGCCUGAUAGCUACCUUGAUUUGGCGCAUUGUGGGCCGGACAAGUUUGACCUCCUCGUCAUUCCCGGCGGUGCGAAAGGAGCUGAGACUAUGUCGAACCACCCCUCGGUGCAGGAGCUCGUGAAGAAGUACAUCGAAAGUAACAAGCUUGUCGGUAUGAUCUGUGCGGGCAGCCUCGCAGCGAAGACGUCGAAACUGCCAAAGCAGCCUUUGACUUCACAUCCAAGCGUCAAAGAUCAGCUCGAUAAAGAUUUUGAAUACGUCGAAGAGCCCGCCGUUGUCUCCAAAAACCUCGUGACAAGCCGUGGACCAGGAACGGCGUUCCCGUUCGCGCUGACCCUCGUCCAGCUGCUCUGCGGCGAAGAGAGGCGUGCGGAGAUCAGGGCUCCGAUGGUGUUCCCUGCGAAUACCCCGUUCUGA